AAUUAAAGUAUUUUUAGCUGAGUAAAAAAUGAUACAUUUUUUUAGCUAAUGUAUAAAAAUUGAAGUUUUGAGAAUGCAUUGACAAUAGGGGAGUGUUUAGAAACCGGUGUCGUGAAAAAGCAGAAUUACAAGCAUGUGUGUCUGGCACUGGUUGACCUACCCAAUUAAGAUAAUUAGUAGCAGCUGUUCCACGGUUGCCCCUAAUAUAUUUGUGCAGCUUGUUCGAUCUGCUAUAUAUGUUACACAGUUCGAACAGUGUGUGGUAGCUGCUGUUAGGAAAGUCUACAAAGCAAUGACAUAUAGCGAGGCAGCAAGUAGAGUUGGACGACAGUCAAACAGUAUGAUCAGUGAAAUAGCAUACACAUUAAAAUUUACAACCUGUGUACUGGGUUCUUGUUGUUUAAAUACGUGAAUAUUAAAAUAAUGCGAGCACAUUUUGAACGUUGUGGUAAUAUUUUGGCAGCAAGGCUAUAUAGAGCAGUUAGCACUGACACGAACUUAAUUACAAGCGCCCAAAUAAUACGCAUGGAGUGUGUCAUGUCAAAAUCAGUACCGAAAGUCGUCAUAUACUACGUUAGUUAAUGUCACGUUUAAGCGUCCCAAAUUUUCGAUUAAGUUAAGCUAUAUACUUAGAAAUGUGCUGACAGCGUGGAAUAGAUACGACAAUUUAAGAAGAUAAAAUGAGGACACACAAUGUUUGUACUGAAGAUAUUUCAUUUACAGAGGAAAUCAUAAUGUUUGAACAAGAAUGCGUACACCGUCACAACCAACUAAGAAAACAGCAUGGUGUAAAACCAUUAAGAACUAAUCAAGAACUACGCAAUUUGGGGCAAAAAAUUGCGGAACAAGCAUCGGCAAAGGGAAAACAUGUGCAGCUAGACGACGAUCGAUACAGCUACAACACAUGUCAUGUUAUUUCUCGAAAAAUGAACGGCGCCAGCAUUGCGGACAUGUGGUACUCCGAAAUUACGUAUUAUAAUUUUAACAAGCCGCGACUAGAUGACAUCAACGGGCGUUUUGUUCGUAUGAUCUGGCGAACUGCUUCACAGAUUGGCGUCGGCGUGUCACGUGACGCAGCAGAUAAUGUCUUUGUCGUGGUGGUUUACAAUAAGCCGUGUUAUGAAUCGACCGACGAAUCUAAUUUGAAAGAAAACGUAUCGAAACCGAUAUGAAGUCAUCUCCCGGUCGGUUUCGCUUCCCCGCACUUUCACUGUAACGUCAUUUUAAUCAAUUCAGUUAUGCUGUGACGUCAUUUUUGUUUAAAACACUGUGACGUAAACUCAGUUUAUUCCGUUUUAUAAUUGACACAAAUACCAUGAAAGUAUAACAGCUAUACUCUGAACAGGCAUAGAGAAAACUAUCUAAUGCAUUUAAGUUACUUUUAAAACCACCAGCACAUGAUUGUAAUGGCAAAUCAGGGUUGUACAUUUAUAAGUUAUCAGCGCCAAAACGACUUAUAUCCCGCCAAAUACAUAUAUUCACGAACA